CCUACCGUUCCAGGAGGAGAAGAGACGGAAGGCGUAAUUGCAGAGAGAGAUUGCAGAGACGGAGAGAGAUCGCAGAGAGGGAGGGAAGGAGGGGGAGAGAGAUUGCAGAGAGGGAGGAGGAGAGAGCUUGGGAUGGAGAGGCGAAACCUUCAAUCCCCAUUGGUGCGUUUCUCCCUCUUCCACUCUUUUUAAAAAUCCGACCGUUGAGCCUGUAAGUGACUUACAGGGAAGUGACUUCUCACCCCCACCCCCUGCAGUUUUUUGGUAGAUUUGCCUGUAAGUGACUUACAGGUGAAUUUUCUCCCCCAAACACCACCUGUGAGUGACUGCCCUGUAAGUUACUUCCUACCUACCCAACUUACAGGCAUCCAAACAGGCCCUAAGCAAGGCGACUUGGGGUAACACUCUUCCAAAUGAACCGGAUCCGAAAAGUGAAAAUACAGGCCCGAUACGUUCCGAAUUUCCAUGCCGGAAACGUGACGGAACCGAAGCCCUCUCCAAUCGACCCUUCCAAUCUCCUCCGUGUCUGCACGAUCCUCUACCAGCGACAGAACGCCACCGACAGGAAACUCUUCUCCAAUCUCCGAAACGCUAACUUCCCUCUCACCCACGAAUCGUUUCUCCAAGUUUGUAACAGAUUCCUGGUUUCCUGGAAACCCGUGUACCGGUUUUUCAGAUUCUCCGUAUCGGAAUCCAAAUUCCCACAUUCUCCCACCACCCACGACAAGAUCCUCGACAUCUACGGAAGGUCCCGGAACGUUGAGCUGCUCUGGGAAUUCCUUCAGGAGACUGCCGAGAAGAAGCUCGUAACUGUUACGACGCUCCGCAUCGCCGCCAGAUGGCUCGCGGUGGCGAAAGAGAUGAAGAAAUGCGUUGAGAUGUUUCGGUUAUUGGAGGAUGCCCAUUGCUAUGAUUCCUACAGUAUAGAGGUAUUGAAUUCCGUGGUGGAGAGCCUCUGCUGUCGGAAGCUUGUAUUGGAAGCGAGAUAUCUGGUUUCGAAGCUGAGAGAUCGAAUUGAGCCGGAUGAGAUUACGUAUGGGUUUUUGAUUGAUGGGUUUUGUGAGAUUGGUGAUUUGGUGGAGGCCUGCAAGGUUUGGAAUCGAAUGGUGGAGGAAGGACUCGAGCCCGAUGUUGCUUCCUGCGAGAAGAUUAUAGAGGCAUUUUUCAAAUGUGAUAGGAUUUCCGAUGCGAUGCAAAUGUUCAGAUCUGUAAAGAUGGAGAGAUUUCAUGACGUGGGUAUCUCUUUAUAUAGGCUUUUGAUCACGUGGUUGUGUAGAAAAGGGAAGGUGGAUGAAGCAUACAUGGUGUUCGAUGAAAUGCUCAAGAGAGGGAUAAGUGCUGAUAAUCCAACAUUAGCUGCUUUGGUUUAUGGGCUUUUGUGUAAAGGGAGGGUUAGAGAGGGCUAUAAGAUUGUGGAGGGGAUAAAAGAGCCUGAUGUGGGUGUUUACCAUGGGCUGAUCAAGGGUCUGUUGAAGCUUAGAAAGGCAAAGGAAGCCACCCAAGUGUUUAGAGAAAUGCCUGAGAGAGGGUGUGAGCCCACCAUGCACACAUACAUCAUGCUCUUGCAGGGGCAUUUAGGGAAGAGAGGGAGGAAGGGCCCACAUCCAUCAGUGAAUUUUGAGAGUAUAUUUGUUGGUGGGUUGGUGAAGGUUGGGAAAUCACUGGAGGCUACAAAGUAUCUAGAGAGGAUGAUGGACGGUGGCGGCAGAGUUGAGGUGCCAAGGUUCAACUACAACAGGUUCUUGCAUUGCUUCUCGAAUGAAGAAGGGGUUGUCAUGUUUGAGGAGGCGGGGAAGAGGUUGAAGGAGGUGGGGUUGGUUGAUCUGGCUGAUAUUUUGGUGAGGUAUGGGGAGAAGAUGGCAACUAGGGAGAGGAGGCGAGCGGCGGUCCACAUUGACGGUUAGGCCAUGUAGAUUAGUUUUGAAUAGAGGUUUCAGAGUGUGACUCGCUUGGAAAUUGAAACCGGUAUAACUCACCCCAACUAUUCCCAUUAUGAUCCCAUUUCAAUCUGGUGACUCGCUUUGUUGCCCACUG